AUGACUUGCAGGGCGGCGCAGGUGGGCGCUGACGUGGACGAGCAGCGGGGGGAGCUGCACCUGCUGCAGGCCGCAGACCGCCUGCUGCUCAUCAGCGAGGCCCAGCCGCUGUCGCGCCCCCUCUGGCAGCCCUCCGGCCCCGCAGCCUUCCGCGCCUCAAUGGCCGGCGCCGACGAGCCCGGCGGCAGCGGCGCGGGCGGCGCCGGCGGCGGCGGCGCCGCGAACGACCUGUCCGCCUUCCACGUGCCGCUGCCGGCCGGCUACGUGGCGGCGGGGUGGCCGCUGGUGCACGCGGCGGCGAGCGCGAGCGGCGCCGACGUGGCGGUGUCGGGGCGGCGCGGGCUGGCGGUGUACGGGCGGCACGCGGAGCGGUGGCGGCUGUUCGGCGACGUCACGCAGGAGCGCCGCGUCUCGUGUGUGGCCCUGGGCUGGCUUGGGGGCAACGUGGUCGCAUGCUCAGCGCCCUCCAUAGACCCAGUCAUCGCCGCCACCAGCCAGUGGGCGCUCGCGCGCGCGGCGCCCCCUGGCCACCGCGGCGGCGGCGGCGGCGGCGGCGGCGGCACGCCGAACGGGAACGGGGGCGCCGCCGCUGCGGGCGGCGGCGGCGGCGGCGCCGGGGGCGUCGCGCACGGGAAGGGGGAGGCGGCGGGGUGCCAGAUCCUCGUGUUCCCAAAGCGGCACCUGGAUUUUGGGUCGCUGGUGGCGUCGUACGACCUCAAGCGG